AGACGCAGCAGUGUUUGUGUCACUGGUGAAUUAUUCGUUUUUGUUUUUCAUACAUUUUAAACUUCUUCUCGUCUCCAUUACCUCGUUCAGCAUAUAAUCCUGGUUAAUAUGGCGUCUCCUGAACUCUACACGAAGGGAGCGUGUGUGUGGGUGCCAGAUUCUGAAGAGGUGUGGGUGUGUGCUCAGCUCGAACAGGACUACCAACCUGGAGAUCAACAGCUCACACUGAAGCUCAGCAAUCGCACAGUGCAGUACCCUGUGGCGCCCCCUGCUGGUUUGCCCCCUCUGGGAAACCCGGAUAUACUGGAGGGUGAAAACGACCUGACAGCGCUCACAUUCCUGCACGAGCCUGCAGUGCUGCACAACCUGCGUGUGCGCUUUCUUCACUACAACAGCAUCUACACUUACUGCGGAAUAGUUUUAGUGGCCCUGAACCCAUAUGAGCAGCUGCCCAUCUAUGGAGAAGAGGUGAUUGAUGCAUACAGCGGGCAAGACAUGGCUGAUAUCGACCCUCAUAUCUUCUCCAUAGCAGAAGAUGCCUAUCGUACCAUGAUCAGGGAGGAGAAAAACCAGUCCAUUAUCAUUAGUGGUGAGUCAGGAUCUGGGAAAACCGUCUCUGCAAAAUUCACCAUGCGCUACUUCGCCGUGGUUGGAGGAGCAGCUCGGCAGACCAGCGUGGAGGAGAAAGUCCUAGCCUCCAAUCCCAUCAUGGAGGCCAUCGGGAAUGCUAAAACUACUCGCAAUGAUAACAGCAGCAGGUUCGGGAAGUAUAUUGAGAUUGGCUUUGGAUCUAAAGGAGAUAUAAUCGGAGCACACAUGAGGACCUACCUCCUGGAGAAAUCUAGAGUUGUUUUUCAGGCCCCAGAAGAAAGAAACUAUCACAUUUUCUACCAGCUUUGUGCCUCCAGAGAUCUACCAGAGCUGCGGUCACUCAAACUUAAAACUGCAGAACAUUUUCGAUACACCAACCAGGGGCAAAAUAUAAACAUUUCAGGCACAGAUGAUGCCAUGGAGCUGGAGAACACUCGAAAUGCUUUGACUAUCCUGGGAAUUUCACCCGACCAGCAGAUGGAGCUCUUUCGGAUUUUGGCAGGUGUCCUCCAUCUUGGCAAUGUUCACAUCCAGGCCAUUGGCAGAGGAGGCGAACGUAGCUACAUCAGUAUAGAUGAUCAACCUCUCAUGGUGUUCUCCAAACUAAUGGGUGUGGAAGGUCCUCAGAUGGCCCAAUGGCUCUGUCAUCAGCGUCUAGCCGUAGGUGGGGAGCUUUUGGUGAAGCCGUUGUCAGCUCAGAAGGCUAACGAGGCGCGGGAUGCUCUGGCUAAACAUGUGUAUGACCAGCUGUUUAUUUGGACUGUACAAAGACUGAACUUGGCUCUGAGGGCACACAGAGAGCAGCCUAAGACUUUUAUAGGAGUGCUGGACAUCUAUGGGUUUGAGACGUUUGACCGAAACAGCUUCGAGCAAUUCUGCAUUAAUUACGCCAACGAGAAACUUCAGCAACAGUUUAACAGGCACGUAUUUCAACUGGAGCAGGAGGAGUACGAGCGAGAGGAGCUUCCCUGGAACCGUAUCGAGUUCAGCGAUAAUCAGCCCUGCAUCACACUCAUUGAGGGAUCUCUGGGUCUCCUGGACCUUCUGGAUGAGGAAUGCAGAAUUCCUAAAGGUUCAGAUGAAAACUGGGCACGAAAACUCUACGACCAACACCUGAACCGAAGCCCUAAUUUCCGUAAGCCGCGCAUGUCCAACGCAGCCUUCAUCGUGCUCCACUUCGCUGAUAUGGUCCAGUAUGAAUGUGACGGGUUUAUAGAUAAGAAUCGUGACACAAUAUUUGAAGAGCCAAUCAAUAUAAUGCGAGCCAGUCAGUCUGAGCUGGUUGCUGAGUUGUUCCAGCAGGGGUCAUCUGGUGGCUCUGUGUCUGCAUCGUCCCUACCUGAGAGUGCACGUGCGGGAAAACGAGCUCAUCGUGAGCACAAACUCACCGUAGCCUAUCAGUUCCGCCAGUCUCUACAGCUCCUGAUGGACACCCUGGGCAGCACCACGCCUCACUAUGUCUACUGCAUCAAACCCAACGACCUCAAACAGCCUUUUAUGUUUGAUCCUAACAGAGCAGUGCAGCAGCUGCGAGCGUGUGGUGUGCUGGAGACAAUCCGCAUCAGCGCCGCAGGUUUUCCAUCCAGGUGGACAUAUGAGGACUUCUUCAGUCGUUACAGAGUUCUCCUUCAUAGAUUGUCGGUUGGUGAUUUGCGAGAAUCCUGCCGAAAAGAAAUCCCUGCCCUCAUCCCCGACCCUGAGCAGUACUGUUUUGGCAAGACAAAAAUAUUUUUCCGGGCAGGUCAGGUGGCCUUGCUGGAGAAGCUGAGAGCCAAGAGGCUGCGGGCAGCAGGGGUAAAGAUCCAGAGCUGGGUGAGACGAUGGAUCCAGCGCCGGCGGUACCUGCAGCUACGUCGGGCUGCUUUGAUUUUGCAGAGACACACUCGAGGAACCCUGGCCCGCAGGUUGGCUUGGACGCUGAGGUACACACGAGCUGCACUGGUCAUUCAGAAGACGUACCGUAUGGUAGCAGCGAGGCAGAACUUCCUGACCUCCAGAAAGGCUGCAGUAACGAUCCAGGCGUUUGUCAGAGGCAUGCAGGCUCGGCGUACAUACAGACUGAUGCUGAUGGAAAGAGCAGCAGUUUGCCUGCAGGCGUGGGUCCGAUGCUGGCUCGCUCGGCGUCGGUUCAGGCACGUUCGGGCUGCGGUGGUGCUGAUGCAGUGCUGUGUGCGCAGGAGAAAUGCACGUAAGGAGUUGCGGAAGCUGAGAGCCGAGGCUCGGUCUGUGGAGAGGUACAGAGAACUCAACAAAGGCAUGGAGGUCAAACUCAUGCAGCUUCAGCUACGUGCUGACCAACAGGCGAGAGAAAGUGCAUCUCUGCGUGAAACUCUCAAUGCUGAACGCGAGUCACACAUCUCAGAAGUGAAUCAGCUGCACUUGACUCUGCUCAAAGUGCAGAAGCAGCUCGAGGAGCAGAGCCAAGCUGUUCCAACUCUCACUGCAAAACAGGAGGAGGAGAAAAGGAGAGCUGAGGAGAUAGCAGCUCAGGAGAUUCACCAGCUCACACAGGUGAUAGAAGCGUUGAAAGUGGAGAGGAACUGUUUGGAGAAGGAACGAGAUGAUCUGAUCACACGUUUGAAGGAGUUGGAGAAAAUUCAAGAAGAGAGCAUGCAGAAGUCGGUUGCUCAGGCCGGAGCUGCAGUUCAGGCCGAGCUGGAGGAGGAGAGGAGAAGAUAUCAGGGCUUGCUGAGGGAAUUCACUCGAUUAGAGCAGAGAUACGACAACCUGAGGGAUAUGAGCAUGCUCCCUCCAGCUGAGCAGCGAUGGUUUGGACCCAGAAGAACCGAUUCCACUCAGAGCUUUUCUCUGGACCCUACUUCUCCCAUCUCUCCAUUCUUCGACAACUUCCCUGAUUUUUCUUCUUCUGACGAGAGCAGGAGGAUCAGCGUCUCCUCAAUGUUUGACCUGAAGCCUGGCAGCACAGAGGCACCUUUGAAUCUUUUGGAUGAUCUGGGAGAGUCAAAAGACACAGGAGCAACUCUGCAAGGAGAAGACCUUCACCUCCACGUGGCCAACAAGUUUAUGGAGAGGCAGCUGCUGGCUCAAAGCCCUGAGUGGGAGCAGGAGAAACUUGUUCUCACUCAGCAACUCCAGGAAGCCCACACUAGAGACAGUUCAGUUAGCAAAGAUCUGAAGGAGGAAAUGGAGAAGCUGGAUCUACGGGAACGGGAGAGCCGCAGUCUAAAUAUGGCACUACAGGAGAUAAAACAUGCAGUGAGAGACAAACUACUGUCUGCAGGCCUGUCGAAAUAUCAGACCAUGUCUCAGAAUACAACACAACGCUCAAACCUGCCACUGACUGGCCUUCUGGAGUGUCGGAAGAGAGAUGAGAGCAGACUGAUAAAAAACCUCAUUACAGACGUGCGAGCAGACGUGGCUCUCUCCCUGACGCCCGGGUUGCCUGCACAGCUCGUCUUCCUGUGCAUGCGACAGGCGGACAUCUGCAGGGACGAAGCUCGAGUUCAAAGCCUCUGUGUGGCCACAGUGACCGGAAUCAAAGCAGCGCUAAAAAAGCACAGCAGCGAUUUGGACAUGACGGCUCUGUGGCUGAAGAACGCUUACCUGCUCAAAGACCUGCUCACCCAGCAUUCGUCCACCACACAGGAGACAGGGAGAAAAUUGCUCCCUCUGCAGGUGGAGCUGAAGGAGGAGGAACGAGUGCUUGGGAAUGUGUGUAUUCAGGCCUACCAGCAGCUCCUCUCCAUCUCUGAGAGCCACCUGCAACCCAUCAUUGUUCCAGCCAUGUUGGAGAGUGAUACUAUCCCAGGCCUGUCUGGAGCCAUGGUAAAGCUGGUCACCUCUCGUAAGCGGGCAGGGUCUGAUCCUCGGCGUGCAGGAUCUCCAGAUGAGACCAGCAUGGCGACUCUUCUGAGGGAACUUGGAGCUCUGCACGCUGCACUGGUGCGCCAGAAGCUUCCUCCUGCCCUGCUUGACCAGGCUUUCCGCCAACUCACACACCUGCUCGCUGCCUGCACGCUGAACAGCCUGGUCCUCCGCAGAGACAUGUGCUGCUGGAACCGUGGCCUGGUGAUCCGCUAUAAUGUGAGUUUACUGGAGGAGUGGCUGAGGAGUCGCGGGUUGCAGGCAGGGGGCGCUGCAUCCACACUAGAGCCUCUGAUCCAGGCAGCACAGCUCCUCCAAAUGAGCAAGAAAACCGAGGCUGAUGGACAGUCCAUAGUUCAUACCUGCAAUGCCCUGUCCAGCCAGCAGGUUGUGAAGAUUUUAUCUCAGUACACUCCACAGAGCGACGCUGAAGAGAGAGUCACGCUCAAAUUCAUUCGCAUCGUUCAGGGGCUGCUGAAGGAACGUCCAGAUGGAAACCAAACAGCACUUCUGCUGGAUGUUCGGAGGGUUUUCCCCGUCACCUUUCCAUUCACAGCACCUCCACCAAUCAUCUCCGAACAGCUGCUGAUCCCGGAAGCUCUCAAGAUCAACUUCUUGCGCAGAGUCUGAGGGAGGAUCUGUGAGAACCUGCAGCACACCAAGUGCACUUUAAUGAACCACCCGUAAAGAAAAACAAGAUGACUUCCAUAUUUGUGUUUACAUUUGAGAAAUAUUUUGGGUAUAAUUUGAAUAGUUUCGGGGGCUUCGAUGGUUUAUGAGACAUAUUCAUGCUCCUUUUGUUUCUAUGCAAAAAAACUCAACAAGAAAACCACACAGUCAUGUGAGUAAACGAGUGGAACGAGUUCUGUUUUGUCUCUAACAGAAGAACUUGUGUAAGAUGAUGAACAGGAGAGAAGAUGUGAUCAGACUCCCUCACACACACACACAUGGAGGUGGAAGUUUAAUGGUUUGGGGUUGUUUUGGAGCAGGGAAGAUUACAGAAUGCAAAUGAAUCCUGAACUAACACGGCUCCCAAUCCGUACUUCAACAUCAUGAAGUUCCGUCUGGACUGUGGCUCAUUGGAAACGACUUCACUGUAGCAAGAUGAUAAGUAUGUCUGAAACGUACGUCUGAGUUCUGUAAGUGUUAUUUAGAGAGCAGACGGUCGUCUGGAGUGAUAUCUAUCAUUGAGCGACCUGCCCAGACACCGCACUUAAAUCCUACUGAAGUGCUCUGAGAUGAACUGCAUCACGAAAGAAAGAAAGAAAGAAAGAAAGAAAGAAAGAAAGAAAGAAAGAAAGAAAGAAAGAAAGAAAAAAAGCAAGCAAGAA